AUGCCUCGAUCGCCACUACCUGCAUUAGUGCCAAGACUGGUUGUCCGUCGAAGUACGCGGCUGUUUUCAUCCAGUGGGUCCGAAGAUGUUGACGCCAGGCAAUCUGCUACAGCAAAGGCCACCAAAACCAAACCUAAAACAAGCAAAGCCUCCACAAUAAAUAAGAAACGGAAAGCACCAUCGAGUGAACCUACCCGUGCAAUCCAUGGCAGUCGCCGUCGAGGAUACAGUACGACAAAUGAAAUGCCGGAAAUAGCAUCUCCUUUGGAAGAAACGGUUUCCAAUGAUGCCCCUUUGCUGAGUCUAGAUAUUGAAAAUGCCGACCGAAAGAUGUUACAAACAUUGGCCAAGCAGCAUGGAAUGAAAGCCAAUCAAAAGAGCGAUAUCCUUCGUGCUGAUCUUUUGGCUAUCUUAUCUGGAAAGCAACCACAAGGAGGGUCACAGUCUGUCACGUUGCCAACCCCUUCUGUCAAGACAACGGCCAGUAGUACGUCAGCAAACGAGACAUCUCCCAAGUCAAAGCGGAGUCCUGCUAAGAAGAAAAGUCCAAAGAAAACGUCUGCUGCUACGAUUGAAAACACAGCUCCGCCAGAUGGUUGGUUUGAGAUAUACCAGCUGGUGGAAGAGUUACGAGCUGAUCGUUCAGCACCUGUGGAUACUGAUGGAAGUGAAGCCUUACCACAACGACAGCAUGGUCUCAAAACCUAUCGCUUUCAAGUGCUAGUCGCCCUCAUGUUGAGUAGUCAAACGAAAGAUGCAGUUGUCGGAGAAACUAUGCGUCGACUGCAACAGCAUGGACUGACAGUGGAAAACAUUCAUCACCAUACAACUCAUGAACAAUUGAACGAACUCAUUCGAAAAGCAGGUUUUCACAACAACAAGACCAAAUUCAUCAAGAGUGUAGUGGAAAUUCUGUUGGAUAAGUACGAUGGAGACAUUCCACCAACAGCGGAAGAAAUGAUUGAGUUGCCAGGUGUUGGUCCUAAAAUGGCAUACAUUGUAGAGAACGUAGCUUGGAACAAAACAACUGGUAUUGGAAUAGAUACGCACAUGCAUCGGAUGUUCAACCAACUGAAAUGGGUCAAGAGCAAGAACCCAGAGCAGACGCGCAAGCAACUGGAAGCAUGGCUACCCAAUGAAUACUGGAGUAGCGUCAAUCUACUUUGGGUUGGUUUCGGACAGGAGGUACAACAGCAAAAAGCCAAAAUGCUAAGAAAAGCGUUGGACUCAAGUAGACCAAAGGAUGCAUUGAAACUGAUCAAUCGAUUAGGACUUGAUUAUCGAAAAGAAGGGGAGAAACUUGGUCUCAAAGAAGAGGUUACAGCUGCUUUGCAGAAAUAA